AUGGUCGAGGAUUUGGAGCAAUCUGAGUCUCGCGCCAUCGAGUCCUUGCAUGUCCUGCGAGUUCUGUGCAUGUUUCCGCUCUUCCGCGGUCAUGGGCAUGGGCAGCUCGUAGAACUAGUGGCAUCUUUCCUGGUGCCGUCCCUGGAAGACCCUACGCCAGCGCCGCUCUUCCGACCCGUCUUCUUCGCGCACGUGCCGCCAAACAUUGCGGAGGAAGCUUUUGCGGAGGACCUCGAGCCGGCGAACCUCUUGAGGAUGUGGCGUGAGGUCGCGGUGCUUCGAGAAGACAAUGCAGCUCAGCGGGGCUACGUGAUCCAGCGCUGGCGACGAGUCGCUGGACUUGAGAACCAGGAAGGGCCUGAUCGCUCGCCGCGAGAAACAAAAGGUCUUGCGUUGCCUGAGAUGCUCGGCCUCAUGCGGCCUCUGUUGUUUCACGCACUUGCCUUGUCGACUGAUCCCGACCCUUUCCCCUCUCUGCUGCAGCUGGCCCGAGUGCAGGGUUGCGGGGAACACAGGGCACCGGCGACAAGCCGCAUGUCCGACGGGCCACUCGUGCUGCCGGCUUCUGCGCUGGAAGCGCCGGCGCUUCCUGCGCAGGCCCUCUUCAUCAAGCAACAGUGGUGCCGGGAAAUUUUGGAAAAUGGCAAGACGUGGGAAAUUCGUGGCGAGCCCUGUCGCAAGCGUGGAAGGAUCUGCAUCGCGCAGUCCCAGAGCAACCUUCUGGUGGGGGCGUUUACGAUCGUGGACUGUGUCCUUGUGGCUCGGAGGAAUGCAGCCGGGGACCUCGUGCCGAGGGACGCCACGCCCGCAGGCGCUGCAGACUUCUUGUGCAACGACGCAAACUUCGCUAAGCAUCGUAUCACCGAUUUCUCCGUUGUCUCUUACUCGAAGGUUUUCGCUUGGGUGCUCGCAGACGUGGAGGUCUAUCCCACACCUAUAUCGUGGUUCCCUGGAAAUCGACGCGGCAGUGUGAAGUUCGUCAACCUGACGCGCGACGUUUUGCAUUGCAAGCAAGCGGUCCACGCAGAGCAGUCGGGUUGCUCCUCUGCGGAUGAUGAGCAUGGACGUAAGCGCCCUGCUGCAGCCCCCGCCGAGGUGCUGCCCCUGGAACGCGGGCUGCGGCUGCGUCCUCGCUGGCGUGCUGGCAUUUUGAACCCUGGUGUGUUGGGCGAGGAGCCCAUGGCUGUGGAGGUGGUGUCCACUCCCUUGGAGUGCUGCCCUUUCUGCGAGGGGUCGCCUGCGCUGGCGAGCGGAACCCUUCGCUGCCGAGCACUGGGGCUGUCCUAUCGCCACGGUGUGCAGCAGCUGGAGCUUCGCGGCCGCAGCUGCCGUGGCUGCAAGCUCCAGUUCCUUGGAUGCUGGUGCUGGGGCCGCGCAGAGGGCGACACCGACGUCCCGCGUCUUGCCUGUGCGCCCAGCCAUUGCUCUUGGUUCUUCAUGAAGACUCGCUUCCAUGCGAAUGCAUUGGUGGCUCUGAGUGUCGACUACCUCCGGUUCAUGACCGCAUCUUUCUUGCACCUGCGGGCUUCUUUCCGUGGCCUCGCGAAGAUGCUCCCAGAGCUUUUCCCAGAGCAGCAUUUGGAGCCUAACGAUUGUCAUCGGGUCUUGGAGCACGGCUGGUUCCUGUUCGAGACGCUGAACCGACUGGACACUACGGCGUGCAUCGGCAAGACCAUCGACAUCCGCCUUGCCUCACUCGACACGCUCUGCAACGAGCGUUCGUCGGCGACCCUGCAGGCAGACUCCCUACAGUUGACGAUUCCUCUGGGAUGUUCCCAGCGCCCUUGCCGCGGCAGCCUCUUCUGCAAGCGCCACCAGCUGCUGAACCCACCCGCGAUGCCGGAGAUUAACUGCCAUCGCAUCACGACGCAGGGGAACUUACAGUUUCGCUACAAGGGUGACACAGAGUUUGUCGCGGUCGAGGAGGUGGAUCAACGACGGCUCCGUCAGUACGACUCUCGUAAUCUGCUGACAGCUCUGGAUGAUGAGGCGGAUGCCGCGGCCGGGUCGGGCUCCGAGAGCGGCCAGGGUGGUGCCCGUGAUGCGAGUCCUGCCGUGCUUCGCAUGCACGCAUCGGACGCGGCGAUCGAUGCUUGUGGCGUAUUCCUUUGCCAAGGCACGAGAGCUCUUGCCGAACAAGACUUCUUGUGCUACGACAAUGCCUGCGCUCUGGCUCGCUACUGCCGGAACAAGAAACGACCGGAUUCCGGGCCAUUGCGCGUUUUGAAGGAGAAGCAUGAGGUCUUGACCGAUGUUAACACCGAGGUUCAAGAGCAGGUCUUCGCAUGGGUUCGCUGGCUGGUCUACGUCGCCAAUCCGAUGACGCCUGUGCGGCAUCGCAUCUUCUUCCUGAUCCUGGUGCUCGCUCGAAACUCAGCUCGAGGAGGUACUCCGAUGGCCGCAGAUCGCGACGAAACAGAGGUUCCGGUCCGGCCUGCGAUGCUGGUCGCACGUGCCAGCCCUGGAACAGAUCUUGCAGAAUCCGCUGCUGGACUUUCUUCAGCCAGUUCCCUAGCAGCAGGGCCCCAUGACACGGCCAUUUCGGUGGAGCCGUCGAUGCCGGAAGUACCCUCCAGCUCCGGACUGUGUUCUGCAGAUGUCGGUCUUGCAGUUGCUGCACCCGUACCUUCCGCGAUGGAUAGGAGCACCUCCGAGUCCAGUCCAGAGUUCGUGCUCAACUGCCGUGAUUGGAAGCUGCACCGCUUGCAAACGCCGGGUGCCCACGUUCUGGCUUGCGGGUCUUCCUUUCCGAAGAAAGCCACAAUGGCCGUGAACAUGAGCGUUGCCUAUCGCUCGCUCUGCCUCAAAGCCGGGUCCUACCUGGUACUCGGUUUCUGCUGCUUCGAAGAGGGCAGCCUCGCGAAAAUCACGACAAUCGUGUGCCUGCCCUGUGUGACCGAAACCGUCUGCUUGACACGCCUGCUCCCGGCUGCAGAGUCCGGCUCAAGCUGUGCCUUCAAGAACGCGCAAGAUGUCCGCUUUCCCAAAGCCGAUCUGACGGCCUUGCUGCCAGAACUCAUGCAGCAUUGUGGCCUUGUCGCCGACUCGUUGUCGGUGCCCGUGUCCUGGGCAUUGCUCGCCGAGGUGUGUGCGGCCUCCUUUCUUGCGCCCACGUCUGUCGUUUACGCGCAAAAGACGCUACCUCUCUUCACGAUGCCCUGGGCCUUUGUUUUGCACCCGGGCGCAACGCAAACCAGUGGGCUUAUGUCCACGUACGGCAAAGUGUUGCGACAGAUCGAGCUCUGGGAAAACGACUUUCAGAAGCAGCGCGCCAAAGAACGCCAUGAGGCGGCCAUGGAGCGUGCCAACGCGCGUGCCGAGGGUCCAGAGGAGGGUGCGGCCAAGCGACCUCGGUUCCAAGCUCCGCCUGAGAUGCGCAUGGGCUUUACUUCCGGCUCGGUGGACGGUGUGGUCGGCCGCAUGUCCGAGCCACAGAACCUCUCACGUGCGGCUGCGUUCCUGGUGGAGGGCUCCGUCUCCGUGUUUCUGAACUGGAUAACAGAGCAGUCCGCGGGAUCGCAAAGUCUGGUGACGCAGCUCACGGAUCGCACCGUGUGGGACAAAGUGACAGUGAAGGAUCGAACGACGGUUCUGGUGGAUGCCCCGUUCAUCGGCAUCUGCGGGGCUGUGCACAUGGAGGAGCUCAUGCGUGCCUUGGGGGAGGCGGAUCCUCUAGGACUACGGGAACGGCUGCUCGUCAUGUACGAGCACCCACGUUUCACCCGCAGUGCUGAACUGCGCGAAGCGUGCGCGCGCAUCCCCGGGCCUACCUUGCACGGUUACUUGGCCGAGUCUUUCUGGUCCCUGCAUCGCGUGCACACCCCUGCUCACAAGCUCUCUGAGUUCACAACGGACCUGAACUAUUCUUGGUUGUUCUACUCGUGGAGCCCGGAGGCUGCUUCAACUUUUUGGGAGAACUUCGACACGUGCGCUGGAGACCAGGAAGAGAAUUAUGGGCUCGAUCAGCAGGCUGCAAAGAAGGCUGGAAAGCGCAAGACGCGCCAUUUUCGUCUUGCCUUGCCCCUGCACAAUCUGCAACAGAAGGCUUGCGGUACGGAGCCGGACAGGUGGAAUCUUCGCAUAUCCUCGAAUGCAGCUCGUGCGAGUUUGCUCUUCAGUGACUACAUCGACAAGGUGUUCGAGCGCCUAGACAUUCUGCGCAAGAAGGAUGCUCCUGCGCCGCCGGCGCCCAAAGCCGUAGCGCGUGGGUCGGCUGCUGACAUCAAGGCGCUGCUCGAGAUGAACUCUGUUGACGACGUCAGUGCAGGUGUAGAUGUGCAACACCUGUUCACGGCAGCACGUGCCGUUUGCCUGUCGCAGAAGUCGCCGUGUCUUCGUGCCAGCGACGUCCACCACAUGCGCCCGGUUCGCACGCUGGACCUGUCCCCGGAAAGCUUCCAACUUCUCGGCCGGCGAACUCUGCAGCUUCUGUGUCUCUUAGGCCUCGGAUCAACAGGGUGCAGUACAAAUGCAUCCGGCACCAAAUGCCUCUGGUUCGUCAAGCGUCCCACUGAGCACCUGCGAAGCGAGGUCCUCCAGGGCUCUCUGCUUUCCUUGAGACUUUCUACCGAUGAGUAUCAAAGCCAGACGGAGCCGCAGAUCCGAGCUGCGCGAAAGGCGAAUCAGCCCGAGAUCAAAUGGAUCGAGCGCACGUGGGCAAAAAGCCGUAAUCUCAUGUCGAUCUUCCGUGAGAUGGAUAACUCAGUGCUUUUGUGCGUGGAGCUGCUGUGCUCCCCAUGUCCAUGCAUUUCUUUAUCCGCUCGCCACUUCUUCUUGUCUUUGCUCAUGUUCCUGCCGCAGCUUCUUGAGUCCACGUAUCUGGUGCGGUUGCUGCUGUCUUUCCUCUGGCCGCCCGCCCGCAUUCGACUUGCUUUGACGGCGCCAGCAGUGAACACCAGCCCUGGCGCAACGGACGUGGUUGCGCCUGAGAGUGCUGCUCGAGAUGCAAUAUGCCGGAUGCUGCGCCCUGUUUUCUUGCGUGGCCUGCGCUGCCCGACCUUCCAGCGCUUGGCCAUCCCAACACUCUCCUGGCUGUCGUCGGGCGGCUCUGUCGUUCGGCAAGCGACACGGCUUUGGAGCGCGCCUUUGGAGGAGGUUCGAGAUGCUGUGGCCUUUAUUGAGUCGCACCUGGUCGACGCAUGGCUUUUUACGGAUGUGGGGUCUGGCCAGGGCCGGGUGCGUAUCCCACCCGUGGCACUUCCGGGUUUUCCUCUCAAUGUUCCCGCAGAUGGCGCAGGCAACAUCGAUUUCUAUCUGCUCCACCUCCGCCAGGGCGACUACGACAUCCUCCUGACGUGCUGCGAGAUCGCUCUGGAAGCAUGGCACUUUGUCGACGGUGCAUCGGCGACGAAUCCUCGCGAGGUCGGCGAUACUUUCGCCGAGCACGCUGCCUUUACUGGUCCUUUUCCUGUCAGUGAUAGCGACGAGGACGAAGCCGACUAA